AUAGGACCUAAAUGAUUUCAUUUGAUUUGAUUCACUAUUAAUAGAUACUCUAUUACAACUUCAUACAUACAUACAUUGUCUCAUUUCCCAUUCUCAAAACAAAUAAACAACCUUAAUCCCUUAAACCCUUACAAUAAUGGAUCCUGAUAGAGAAAACAAAUCAGCUGUAACGACGUUCGAAAUCGACAAUUCGACAACAAACACAACCCUAAUAACCUCCGUAGAGAAGACUUUCGAAGGAACCGUGGUACCACCAUGGAAACAACAGCUAACGAUUCGAGCAUUCGUCGUAAGCUUCGUGUUGAGCAUUCUUUUUACAUUCAUUGUAAUGAAACUCAACCUUACAACCGGGAUUAUACCAUCGUUGAAUGUUUCGGCUGGAUUGUUGGGUUUCUUCUUUGUUAAGACGUGGACAAAGUUGCUUGAGAAAUCUGGUUAUCUUAAACAACCUUUUACUCGUCAAGAGAAUACUGUUAUUCAGACUUGUGUUGUUGCAUCCUCCGGUAUCGCCUUUUCUGGAGGUGCGGCAAGUUACGUUCUUGGGAUGAGUGAUAGAAUUGCAAAGUUGGGAGAUGGCUCUUUACAUGACACCAAGAAUCCUUCUCUUGGAUGGAUGAUUGGCUUCAUCUUUAUUGUUAGCUUUAUUGGACUUCUUUCUGUUGUUCCCCUUCGUAAGAUUAUGAUUAUCGACUACAAACUCAUUUACCCAAGUGGGACUGCUACUGCUCAUCUCAUCAAUAGCUUUCACACUCCAGAAGGUGCCAUUAUAGCCAAAAAAAAGGUGAAGAUUUUAGGCAAAUUCUUCUCUUUCAGCUUCUUGUGGGGUUUCUUCCAAUGGUUCUUUGCAGGAGGUGAUGAUUGCGGAUUUGUGAAUUUCCCAACUUUUGGCCUAUUAGCCUAUGAUCAAAAGUUUUACUUCGAUUUUUCUGCAACGUAUGUUGGUGUGGGUAUGAUAUGCCCUUACAUUGUUAACAUAUCUUUGCUACUCGGAGCAAUUAUAUCAUAUGGUAUCAUGUGGCCUCUUAUAGCGAAACAAAAAGGACAUUGGUUCGACGACACCCUUGCAGACAGCAGCCUUCAUGGCUUGCAGGGCUACAAGAUUUUUAUUGCAAUAGCCAUAAUUUUGGCUGAUGGACUAUACAAUUUUGUUAAAAUCUUCUAUAGAUCAAUGUCAGGCUUGUACAAGCAGUACAAGGCAAAGAACUCCGGCGCAAUCCUCCCCUCUAACGAACAUAAGACCCCUGAAGUCUCCCCUGAAUCAUUCGAUGACCAACGAAGAACUCAAUAUUUCCUCAAGGACAGCAUCCCAAAUUGGUUUGCAGCAGCUGGUUACGUCGCCAUUGCUAUAAUUGCCAUGAGUGCACUUCCAAAGAUCAUCCAUCCACUCAAGUGGUACCAUAUCUUAGUCAUGUACAUUGUUGCACCAAUUUUAGCUUUUUGUAAUGCAUAUGGUUGUGGCCUAACUGACUGGUCCUUGGCAUCUACUUACGGAAAGUUAGCAAUCUUCACGAUUGGUGGAUGGGCCGGUGCUUCUCAUGGUGGGAUUGUUGCAGGGCUCGCGGCCUGUGGUGUUAUGAUGAACAUCGUCUCAACAGCAUCAGACCUUACACAAGACUUUAAAACAGGUUACAUGACACUAGCCUCACCUCGAUCAAUGUUUGUGUGCCAAAUAGCAGGGACUGCAAUGGGCUGUAUCAUAUCACCGUGUGUCUUCUGGAUUUUCUACAUGGCUUACCCUGAUCUUGGAUUGCCAAAGACCACAUAUCCGGCACCAUUUGCAUCCUUAUAUCGAAACAUAGCUCUUCUUGGAGUUGAAGGAGUGAGUUCGUUGCCUAAACAUUGUCUCUUGCUAUGCAUAAUAUUUUUCGUUGUUGCAAUUGUUAUAAAUGGACUAAAAGACGUGGUAGGUGAGAAAUACUCGAAGUUUAUACCGAUUCCGAUGGCCAUGGCUAUACCAUUCUACAUUGGAGGCUACUUUGCUAUUGACAUGUGUGUUGGUAGCUUGAUACUCUUCGUGUGGGAGUACAACAAUAAGGCUAAGGCUGAUAUGUUCGCGCCUGCAGUUGCUUCCGGGUUGAUUUGUGGUGAUGGUAUAUGGAGUUUGCCUAGUGCAAUACUUGCUUUGGCUGGUGUAAAUCCUCCACACUGCAUGAAGUUCGAAUCUAGCAAAUCUAGCUAAGUUGGAAGAAAUCAAGCUAAUGAUAUGAACAUAGACUAUUAGUGUGUGGAUUUAAUUUCCUAGUGACGCAAAAAUUGUAUAUUUGGGUUGCUAUUUUAUCGUUAAUGCAUGAAUCCAGUACAAUUCAACAAUAUCGUCCCUACUUUUUCUUCCCUAUAUUAAUAAAGAUCGAUCAUAGGUGAAUUUUCAUA